CAUUCAUCUUCAAUUCCAUAAACAAAUCACGGUCGGCCUGAUUUCAAAUGGGUCUUGAUCUUGUCUAAGAAAAAAAAAAAGGAUUAUUAUGUCAGCAGAGCUGUUUUUUCAGGCGGAGAAUGAGCAAAGAGCCGGUCGGCAUUCCAAAGGCGUGGGAAUUAACAGUAAGAAAAUCACAAGAAGCUGCAAAAAACAGAACAAACAAACAACAAUCUCCUCCAACAAUAAUGUCCGACGACUUAUCACCAAUGAAGGCCUUAUCUAAUGGCGACCUUUACAGCGGCCAGUUAUCGGACAACUUACCCCACGGGCAAGGCAAAUACCUUUGGACUGACGGUUGCAUGUACGUCGGCGAAUGGAGCAAAGGAAAGAUCAUGGGUAGAGGAAGAUUCAGCUGGCCCUCAGGCGCCACAUACGAGGGUGAUUUCAAAUCAGGCUUUAUGGACGGAAAUGGAACUUAUACAGGAGGAGAAGGAACGUAUAAAGGGAACUGGAUAAAGAACCUUAAACAGGGUAAAGGUACUAAGAACUACGCCAAUGGCGAUUAUUACGACGGGGAAUGGAGAAAAGGUGUUCAAGAAGGACAGGGGAGGUACCAUUGGGGGAACAACGGUAACCAUUACAUCGGCCAAUGGAAAGGAGGAAACAUGAACGGAGACGAAGGUACGAUGAUCUGGUCGAAUGGGAAUCGAUUUGAUGGCAGUUGGGAAGAUGGUUUUCCCAAAGGGAACGGUACGUUUAAGUUUGCAGACGGGAGUUUGUACUUGGGAGUUUGGAAUAAGGAUCCCAAAGAACAGAGUGGGACGUUCUAUCCUUCCACUGCAUCCGAUUCGGGUAACCAGAAUUGGGAUCCGCAGAGCAUUUUCACCAACGAUUUGAACGGAUGCACGGUUUGCCAAGCCGAGAAAGUUUACAUCUUUCCUUGUCAGAAGACGAUUAGUUGGCCGGGUGUUGACGCGGUUAAGGAGGCCAAACCUAGGAGAAUGUCGGUUGAUGGGAGGGUCAACGGUAAUUUACACGGUUUCAACAAUGUCGAUGGAGAAGGCGGCGAUUUGGGAUUGGAAGAAUCGGAUUUGUCGAAACGAACACCUUUGCAUCCCUUAAAAUUCAAGGCGGCUAAGAGACAGGGUCAGACAAUAUCAAAAGGACAUAAGAAUUACGAUCUUAUGCUUAAUCUGCAACUUGGAAUAAGACAUUCGGUUGGAAGACCAGCUCCAUCUACAUCGCUCGAUUUGAAGUCAUCGGCUUUCGAUCCAAAGGAGAAAGUAUGGACAAAGUUUCCGCCUGAAGGAUCAAAACAUACUCCGCCUCAUCAAUCUUGCGAUUUCAGAUGGAAGGAUUACUGUCCGUUGGUUUUCAGGACUCUGAGGAAACUGUUCAAAGUAGAUGCAGCAGAUUACAUGCUCUCCAUCUGCGGAAAUGACGCCCUCAGGGAGCUUUCAUCGCCUGGAAAAAGCGGAAGCUUCUUUUAUUUGACGAACGAUGACAAGUACAUGAUCAAAACCAUGAAGAAAGCCGAAUGUAAGGUUCUUAUAAGGAUGCUCCCCGCUUACUAUAAGCACGUUAGAUCGUUCGAGAAUACUUUAGUAACAAGAUUCUUCGGUCUUCAUUGCGUCAAACUAACAGGUCCUGCCCAGAAGAAGGUUCGGUUUGUUAUAAUGGGUAACCUGUUCUGCACCGACUAUCCUAUCCACAGACGGUUUGAUUUGAAAGGGUCUUCUCUUGGGCGUAUAACGGAUAAACCCGAAUCUGAAAUCGAUGCAAACACCACUCUUAAGGAUCUUGAUCUCAACUAUAUCUUCCGACUUCAGAAAGCCUGGUACCAAGAGUUAUGCAAGCAAGUGGACAGAGAUUGCGAACUUCUAGAGAAUGAGAGAAUUAUGGAUUAUAGUCUUUUAGUCGGCCUACAUUUCCGCGGUGUCACUCCAUCCAUUGAGCAGCCUCGAACGUCUGGCUUUCGUACUCCAACAGGAUCUGAAAAUGGAGGACAAACCCCACCUCGUCUUUCGAGAGUAGACAUGGAUCAUUUGCUUUUGGAGCCCACAAGACGGCCACCGGUGAGCUUAGGUAUUAACAUGCCAGGGCGAGCAGAAAAGACAGUAAGAAAAAAUGAAGGUGAGGCUCAGCUAAUCGGAGAACCGACAGGAGAGUAUUACGAAGUCAUUAUGUUUUUCGGUAUUAUAGAUAUUCUUCAGGAUUACGAUAUAAGCAAGAAACUGGAACAUGCUUACAAGUCUUUCCAGUACGACCCAACUUCAAUCUCAGCCGUGGAUCCAAAACUGUAUGCGAAACGUUUCAGGGAUUUCAUUUACAAAGUGUUCUUGGCGGAUGAGAGUUAA